AAUGAAAAUCAUACAUGUACUUUUUGUUUUUUUGAACUACAACAAUCUUUAAAAACUUCCUAUUUUGAAUAUUACUAUUUUUAUUAUACCGAUUUAUUACUAUUUUGAAUGUAAAAAAUGCUAAAAAUUAAGGUAAUAAUGUAUAUUAAAUAUUAUAAUUUUUUUUAUUGUUUAAAAUAUAUAUUUGUUUGAUUAAAUGUUAAUAUGCCUAAUUUUUUUUAGAAAAAAAAUUAUUUUCCGAUAUUUCUUGUUUGAAUGAGAGGGCAUUGGACCUGUUUUCCGGUGGAACUAGAAACUAUUUUUUAGAAUAUUUUUAUUUUGAAAAUUAUUUGUUUAAAUAAUUUCAAGAAUUCCAGGAAGUGAAAUUUAAAAAAAAAAAAAAAUGAAAAGGAAAGAAACGACUCAGAUCAGACAUCGGCAAGCCGAUUCUACAAAUGGGUAACGAAGAAGCCGCGUAACAACUGCAAGGCAGCAACCGAAAGCAAACCCAAAACAAAACCCGUAGAGACUCAGGGGUUUUAGGAAUGGAGAAAGUGAUGAAUAUUUUGAAACCCAAACCAAACCCACAGCAACAACUCAGAGAUUGGCAACGGAAACUCCGUCAAGAGUGUCGCAACAUCGAACGCCAAAUUCGAGAUAUACAGAGAGAAGAGAAAGGUGUGCAGAAAGCAAUUAGGGAAGCAGCCAAGAGAAAUGAUAUGGUGUCUGCUAAGACACUUGCUAUGGAAAUUGUGAGAUCUAGAAGAACAGUGAACCGUCUUCAUGAAAACAAGGCUCAAUUGAAUUCUAUAUCAAUGCACCUUGGGGAAAGUGUUGCAAUUGCUCGUACGGUGGGGCAUUUGUCGAAGAGUGCAGAGGUAAUGAAACUUGUUAAUAACCUCAUGAAGGCUCCUGAAGUGGCUGUCACGAUGCAAGAAUUCAGCAAAGAAAUGACUAAGGCAGGGGUGAUCGAGGAGAUUGUGAAUGAUGCUGUUGACACAGCACUGGAUUCUGAGGACAUCGAAGAGGAGAUUGAAGAAGAAGUUGACAAGGUCUUAACUGCAAUUGCUGGUGAGACUGCUGCACAGCUGCCUGAAGCAGUCAGGAAGGAAAGGGUAAAGCAACCUGCCCAGACAGCAGAAGCUGAUGAUGAGGAAGCAAUCGCUGAGGGUGCUGAUGAUGAGGAAGAACUAGAAGAAAUAAGGGCCAGACUUGCCAAAGUUAGGUCCUAGUUUAAUUCUGACUCUACCCCCUCCCACUUAUGGGGGCUAACAAGACGAGUAUGUUAACUUUCAUAAAGCCCUUGUUAUCGGCUUCAGAUUUCAGUAGAUGAAACCCACGUCACCCUGGGAGAGAGAGUGUUGAAGAAAUGCCUGUAUAUUCUACCACAAUCAGGUUAUGAAAUACACAACGCUUGCUGUUAUUUAUGCAGAGAUUUGGAUACAAAAA